AUGGCCAUCCCCGGCGAACGCUUCGUCCUUGACCUCUCCGACGACGAACAAGAUGUCGCCGAACACACCGCCGCUGGCCCCGCCAGUCUCAUGAUUGGAGAAAUCAAAGAACGAAGUACCAAAGCACCCACAGCGCCAACACUCAAAUCCACUACCACUGGUUUUCCGACCUCGAAGAAUCGGCUUGGUGGAUCGGCUUUCAAACAACAACGACGAAACAAUCCCUCCGCGUCGCGCUUUGCCUCCGCUCGAAAUGAGACCGUACCGCAAGGACCGCCCGCAGCGGCAAAGUCACAACCAGCACAAGGCGAGUCAAUGGAAGACGAGGAAAAGAGGAUAAUAGAUGAAGAGAAUAAACAGAGAAUAGCUGCAAUGUCAGAAGAGGAGAUCGAGCAGGAAAAGGCAGAGUUGAGGGCGAAUCUGCCGGCUACAUUGAUUGAGAGAUUAUUACGGAGGGCGAAUCUCGAUGACGAUGCCGAUGUGCCUGUCGCUGUUCCAAAAGCGAAGCCAAGCAGGGAAGAUCAGUCAGUGAAGAAACCGAGCAAGUCCGUUUCUUUUGAUGUGUCAGACGUCAAAGGAACCGACAUUCCAAAAACAGUCGAUACGACUACAGAGUUUGAGGAUCGACCACCCGCCAUCCAUCCUUCUGAUCUACGACCUGCCUUCGAGUUCCCCUCAGGACCGAUUCAUUUUCCUACACCACCACCCCGACAAACACCCAUGCCAAACCUCGACCCAAACUCACCUUCAUUUUACGACGACCUACAAGCCCACUACUUUCCCGAAACCCCGCACGACUCCUCAACACUUUCAUGGCUCAAACCUCUCGACACCAGUGCCGACGCAUCAGUCGCCGAUAGUCUAUCCGCGUACCACCCUUCAAGCUCAACUACUCAAAUCGUCCCAUCGGCCAUCCGCUUCUCCUUCCGAGGCGAAAUGCUUCCACCUUCACAGUCGUUGGAACUUCCAACAUCACUAGGUUUGCACCAUCAUGCCGACGACCCCGAAGCAGCUGGGUACACAAUCUCCGAACUAUCGAUAUUGAGUCGUUCCACCGUUCCAGCACAGCGAUGUGUUGCAUGGCAAAUCUUGGGGCGAAUAUUGUUCAGAUUAGGGAGUGGGGAGUUUGGCGCUGAUGACACGGAUUUGGUGGAUGGGUUGUGGAAGGUUGUGGAGCUUGAGGGUGUUGUGGCGAGGAUGUUAGAGGAAGCGGAGGGUGGACCUCAGCAACAUACACAACCAGGAGACGGAAAUGAGCAGACCAAAAAUGCUGGGAUCAAGUCGAAUAUUGGGAGACAUGCGAGUGCAAAGGCGUGGGCUGUGGAGGGGGUAUGGUUAUGGCAAAAGGGGGGUGGGAAAAGAGGUAUUUCUAUGAGUGAUAGUACAUAG